GAUUUCUGCGAUUUGACAACGCAGUCCAAGAUAGCUAAAGCUAACCAGUUGUUGUUAUGAAAUGGAUGCUGUUGAAGCUACCAAGAAAUUCGUAGGCUCCUACGUUCAAAGUGCGAUUGGAAUAUUUUCCAGUAGUUCGGCUUCAACCAGUAACCCAGUUGCUAAAAUCGAGCAGGAACUUGUUCUUCAGGCGAAAUCAAAGGCUGAUUUGGCAGUUAACGAAAUGCAGAAAAUGGCUAGAGUCGGGCAUCCUGUUUUGAGACUCGCUGGUCUUUCAGGAGCAGCUGCAGUAAUAUUGGGGGCAUAUGGUGCACACGCUUUUUUGAAAAAGGAAGAUGUCACCAAUGAAUUCAAGCAGGUCUUUGAAACUGCCAACAAGUAUCAUUUUCUACAUUCAAUUGCUUUAUUGGGUGUUCCACUUUGCCGCAGACCUCAACUGACUGGUACCCUCCUGAUUUUAGGAACCUUGAUUUUUUCUGGCACAUGCUACUACUAUGCCUUAACUGAAGAACGCUGGAUUCGCAAGUACACGCCAUACGGAGGGUUCUUACUUAUUUUUGGUUGGCUUUCUAUGGCUCUGUAAUAAUGCAUUACAUUACAACUUCUAUCAUUAUAUAGUGAUGUCACACAAAAACAAAUUUUUAAAUAGAUGUGAUUGGGUGGUAUUACAUUUUAUAAACUGUUGUAAGACUGUUUUGGUUAUGAAUUUAUAUUGCCAUUUA